GCAAAACUCACACGUCCGAAAGCAUAUACGAAUCUCCCUCGUCGGAGAGCUCCGCCAUUGACGAAGCUCUCCACCAUCUUCGAGGAACCAUCGCCAUGCCGGCAUCCUCCUGGUUCUUCUUCGCCUUCAUCCUUCUCUCAUCCCUCCGCUUGGCGUUCUCCGAUGCCCCCUCCGCCUACGAGAUGCUGGAAAAGUUCGAUUUCCCCAGGGGCAUCCUCCCGGAGGGCGUGGUGAGCUAUACUCUGCGAUCCAAUGGAGGAUUUGAGGUUCGCCUCUCUUCGGAUUGCGAGUUCAAGGUAAAUGGAGGGUACUUGCUGAGAUACAAGAGGAGAAUCACCGGGAGAGUGGAGAAGGGAUCGAUAGGAUUUAGAGAGCCGUUGCUGGAGAAGCGCCCUUUGAACACCACCUCACAAACGGCCAUUGUUGGAGCUAAGCUCUGCUCCAUUGAGAGUUUGGAUUAUGAAAUUGUGGAGAAUGAUCUAUUCAAGGAGGACUGGAGAACAAGAAAAAGAGUUCAGAUAUUUCAGUAUGUAUGUCUGAAGUGGAGCCUUGCACUUCUUGUAGGCUUACUCACAGGGCUUGUAGGCUUCUUCAACAACUUUGCCGUCGAGAACAUUGCCGGAUUUAAAUUACUACUGACAAAUGAUCUUAUGCUUAAAGAAAGAUAUCAUGCGGCAUUUGUAGCAUAUGCUGGUUGUAAUCUUCUGCUUGCAACUGCAGCAGCAGCUCUUUGCGCUUACAUCGCACCGGCCGCAGCUGGUUCAGGCAUUCCGGAAGUUAAAGCUUAUCUAAAUGGCGUCGAUUCCCAUUCGAUAUUGGCUCCAAGUACUCUCUUAGUGAAGAUAUUUGGUUCGAUAUUCGGAGUUUCUGCAGGAUUUGUACUGGGCAAAGAAGGGCCAAUGGUGCACACAGGGGCAUGCAUUGCGUCGAUGCUUGGUCAAGGUGGUUCGCGUAAGUAUCACUUGACAUGGAGAUGUCUGCGAUACUUUAAAAAUGAUAGGGAUCGACGAGACUUGAUUACCUGCGGUGCCGCUGCUGGUGUAGCUGCUGCUUUCAGAGCACCAGUCGGCGGAGUCCUUUUCACUCUUGAAGAAGCAACUUCUUGGUGGCGAAAUGCUCUGCUUUGGAGGACAUUCUUCACAAAUGCUGUUGUUGCUGUGGUGUUGAGAAGCUUAAUAGUUUAUUGCAGGGGAGGCAAAUGUGGACUCUUCGGCAAGGGUGGUUUGAUAAUGUUUGACCUCAGUUCAACUGUGAGCACAUAUAGCACAUCUGAUCUUGUUGCAGUUAUAAUUAUUGGAGUCAUUGGUGGCAUCUUAGGAGCUCUUUAUAAUCACCUUGUAGGAAAAAUUCUUCGGAAAUACAGCAUAAUCAAUGAGAAAGGAGCUGCUUUCAAGAUUAUGCACACAAUGAUCAUCUCUUUACUAACUUCAUGCUGUUCCUAUGGAAUUCCAUGGCUCGCACGAUGCACUCCAUGUCCUCCAGGACUCGAAGACCGAUGCCCGACCGCAGGUCGAUCAGGAAACUUCAAGAACUUCCAGUGUCCUCCAGGACACUACAAUGAUCUUGCAUCCCUCUUUCUCAACACAAAUGAAGAUGCUAUUCGAAAUCUUUUCACCGGGAACACCGGGAAUGAAUUCGACAUCUCCACUCUAGUACUUUUCUUCAUUGCUGUCUACUGUCUUGGACUAGUGACUUACGGCAUUGCUGUUCCAUCGGGUUUAUUCAUCCCUGUGAUACUCGCCGGAGCUUCAUUCGGCCGUCUUUUAGGCACAAUUCUCAGUCCAAUCUGCAGUUUGGAUCCAGCUCUUUUCGCACUUUUUGGCGCGGCUUCUCUUCUUGGAGGAACAAUGAGAAUGACAGUAUCAGUUUGCAUUAUACUUCUAGAACUCACCAAUGAUCUUCUAAUGCUACCUCUAGUAAUGCUAGUUCUAUUGAUAUCAAAAUCAGUUGCAGAUAACAUCAACAUUGGAGUAUAUGAUCUUAUAAUUCAGAUGAAAGGGUUGCCAUUUUUGGUAGCUCAUGCUGAACCUUAUAUGAGGCAUUUGGUCGCCGGUGAUGUAGUUUCAGGCCCAUUGAUAACUUUCACUGGUGUUGAAAAAGUCGGUAACAUAAUGCAGAUACUGAAGACGACGAGGCACCACGGAUUCCCGGUCAUCAACGAACUGCCUUUCUGUGAAGCCCCUGAAUUAUGUGGCCUAGUGUUAAGGUCACAUUUGAUUGUGUUGCUGAAAGGGAAGAGAUUUACCAAAGAAAAAGUUUUAACUGGUGUUGGGGAAGUUUUCAAGAAGUUUGGUUCAUUUGAUUUUGCAAAAGCAGGGCCAGGAAAGGGAAUGAAACUGGAGGAAUUGGAUAUAAGUGUCGAUGAAAUGGAAAUGUAUGUCGAUCUUCAUCCAAUCACUAAUAAAUCACCAUAUACCGUUGUCGAGACAAUGUCAUUGGCGAAGGCUGCAUUGUUAUUUAGAGAACUCGGUCUCCGUCAUCUUUGUGUUGUGCCGAAAACUCCGGGGAGGCCUCCGGUCAUCGGUGUCCUCACCCGACAUGACUUUAUGCGAGAGCAUAUACUUCGUCUCUUCCCUCAUUUUAAUCGGCAAAAGAAAAGGAACGAAGAACAAACUUAGCGAUCAUCGAUGAUGAAU